UUGGAAACCCUCCGGUAAUGAUUUCCUUUUCCGCGUGGGAACAGGAACAGUUCUGUCCGAUUAAGGCAUUAACUGAAUAUGUCACUCAUUUCCGCCAUUCGUCUGGGCAACUUUUUUAACACGUAGAUGGGAAACCAGUAACUGUCACCACAUUUUGUAUCAAAACACAUGAAAUCAGCAUUCUCGUUUACGGGGCUCGAUACAGAAUGUUACAUGGUAUUUUGAUCCUAAUUUAAAAGAGUGUGAGAUGGAAAAUGGAACUCGAUCUAUGCCAGCCAGGUGUGUUGCAGAUAGUGCACAAUAUAUCCAUCAAGUCAUUAGCCCUAAUGAUGUGGUAGUAAAUAGGUGGAAGUAUUUUUACGAAUCUGGCGAUUCAUAUGGAGUUGGAGAGGGGCCACGCGAAUAUACCAAAGACGAAUGUCAGCAAACUGGAACAUCGUUUGUUGGCAAAUAUCCAAAUGAAGAUGGAGGUGACAUUAUUCGGGGUACUUAUUACUACAACUAUCAGGAGUUAACUGAUGUUUCAGAAUAUUUUAUUCUGCCGUCUUACUGUAAUUCACCAUAAAAUUAG